CCUUUGUCGACAACGAUUUCCUCUCUUUGCAAUUUGAACGUUUUAGAGGAAAUUAUUCACAAUGGGUAAAAAAGAAGAAGAGGAAAUCAUAAGAAUUGCGAAGAAGAUGGAUAAAAUGGCGCAGAAGAAAAGCGGGGUAGGGGCACUGGACCUUCUGAAGGAGCUGAGGGCUGUACCAAUGACUCUAGAAUUACUACAGUCCACUAGGAUUGGGAUGUCGGUGAACGCCAUCAGGAAGCAGAGUACCGACGAUGAGGUCACCUCUCUGGCCAAGGCCCUUAUCAAGUCCUGGAAGAAACUCCUAGAUGAGCCAGGAGGUGGAGACAAGUCGUUAGAGGAGAAGAGGAAAGAGUCGUCAACACCCACCAGUCUGGUGUCUCCGACCCAGGGAAGUCCUGAACCCCGGGAAGAGAGUAAUGACUCCAGCAGUAAGAAUGAGCCUGUUGAUGUGAUGCCCUCCAUCUCCCUGAUCUCCACGUUCCCCCAAGCCCCCUCCACCUCCGACUCCGUCAGGAUCAAGUGUCGUGAGAUGCUGUCCCAGGCUCUACAGGCUGGAGAUGACUACAUCGCUAUAGGAGCUGACUGUGACCAACUGGCAGCUCAGAUUGAAGAAUAUAUCUUCUGUGAGUUUAAGAACACAGACCCCAAAUAUAAGAACCGUGUCAGGAGUCGAAUCGCCAACCUGAAGGACAUCAAGAACCCCAACCUCAGGAAGAGUGUUCUCUGUGGGAACGUCUCCCCCGACCGCAUGGCCAAGAUGACCGCUCAGGAGAUGGCUAGUGAUGAGCUGAAGCUGAUAAGGAAGAACCUGACCAAAGAAGCCAUUAGAGAUCACCAAGUGUCCCAGACCGGAGGAACCCAGACUGACCUGUUCACCUGCGGCAAGUGCAAGAAGAAGAGGUGCACCUACACUCAGGUGCAGACCCGCAGUGCUGAUGAACCCAUGACCACCUUCGUCUUCUGUAAUGACUGUGGGAACAGAUGGAAGUUCUGUUGAGAUCGGGAGAAGGAGACCUUCAGACAGAACCAACCAACCAUACAGACGCACCCUCUAUUUCUAUUGGAAGAUAUUGUCCAUAGCCCCUGUCCUCAGCCGUUCAGAUGAUAAACACUGUUUCUUCUGUUACCAUCCAACAUUUUAUAUGUAGUUUUAACAUUUAGACAAAACUUGGAUCUACAAUUUACUAUAGAUUUUAGCUUCUUCGACCUUCAUGAAUUUUUAUUUUAUUUAAAUUUACCAGUAAAAUUUUAUCCAUUUGUUU